UGAAGCGGAGGGACCAAUGAGUGCUAAACGUUGAGUGACAGCUGUCCAAUAGGGACCCUCAGUGCUAGUACGGUUUGCGGCUUAAGCGCCGCCGCGGUCUGAGGAAUGUCAACUAUUCAACAUGGAGGCGGAGGUCGAUAAGCUGGAACUGAUGUUCCAGAAAGCUGACUCUGAUCUGGAUUACAUUCAAUACAGGCUGGAAUAUGAAAUCAAGACUAAUCAUCCUGAUUCAGCAGGCAAGAAAAAUCCAGUUACACUGUUAAAGGAAUUGUCAGCAAUAAAGUCUCGAUAUCAAACUUUGCACGCACGCUUUAAACCAAUUGCUGUCGAGCAGAAAGAGACUAAGAGCCGCAUUUGUGCUACUUUCAAUAAGACUAUGGCCUUGCUACAAGAACUACAAAAGCAUACAGACCUGGAGCUGUUACCAUUGACUGAAGAAGAGAAAACUGCGGCAGAGCAAUUAAAAGCUUACAUGCCAGGCUUAUGAAGAAAUGGACUUGUAAAAGGGGACUCUGAUGGAGAAGCGGUCAAUUCCAGAGACAUUUAGGAAGAUGACUUGUUAGCACUUGAUGACUAGUGGUGGGGGGAUGGCAAAGGUGAUUUGACUUGGGUGACUGGAUAGUGAUGCCUUUCACAAGAUAAGGGAAUACAAGAAGGACAGACAUUAUAUUAAUAAAGUUCACUCAAAAGGACGGAAUGGAAAUAAAGGACUUAAAAAUAUAUGCACAUACGCUUAGUCCUGUAGUUUCAGGCAAGGAACUCUCAACACUAUUUUGUACCUGUUUUUGUAGAAUCGGGAUUACACAGAUGUCCUGGCCUAUUGUAAAAGAGUAGGUACUGUCAGUCAGUCAAGUGUAAAUGAGCAUGCUUUGGAAAUUAAAGGAUAGACACAUAUUUGUAUUAUAUUAUACAUUAUAUACGUAUAUAAUUUUAUUAUUGAAAAUUUUGAUUACAGAUGUGGUCACAUUAUCAGUGAGGCUGCUAAUAUGUGACUUACCAUCUCCCACAAAACCUAACUUUGGUAAGAAGCUGGCUUUUCUGUGACAGCCUCACUUGUGUUUCUUUUUGUCCUGUUCCUUCUGCUUGCUAAUGUUUGGCAGCAUGAGUGCUGCUUUCAAAUGCUGUUUUAGACUGUCUGUGUUGUAUUUCAAUACUACCUUUGUUCUUCUUUCGCAUCUACAUUACUGUAAUUGUUUAUUCUAUGUGAAAGGUAAGAAACUGAAAUGAGAGGAUCACUGGCAACUGCUACUUGCCAGUUUUGUGUGUGUGAAUUUCCAUAUUUGUUAGGGAAAAAAAACUAAUGGGAAGUAAAUAGGAAAGUAAAUCAUAGUGUAUCUAUCCAGUAGGGGGUCAAGUUGCCAAUAAAUUACUACUGUUAAUGUUCUGGGAAAUGCUGAAGCUAUGCUAAGUGGGUGAGAGGGGAAGCUUUAUAGUUUUGUAGUUAAGAUUGGGUUUGAAGUCAUACCUCAGAUGUAAAUAGCUGGUUUUAAAUUCUUGCUGUAUGAUGCUGAGCAACUCAUUUAACUUGUAUGUGUCAGGAUGGAUGGAAGCACAAUGAGAUUUUAAAGUGUUAGGAUUUGAUAUUUAGUAAUCCUUCAGUAUUUCCAUAUAUGUAAUAAAAACAAGUUAUUGAAAAGACUAGGAAAAUUGUAUAAAAUGUUAGUUCUGUAGGUUAUAGAACUAUACUUUUAUAAAAUAAAAAAAAAUUUUUUUGUUAUGUUAUUAACAAACUUAUAAUACCUAACAAGCAGGGUUGGGAAAGUAGCUUCAGUUAAAAUUGUCCUGCCUAUUUUGCAUAUUUUGAGAACAGAAUGUUCCCCUUUUUUAAAUUACAGAGAAAUAAGUCACACCUCAGUAACCUAUUUUUCUUCAGUACUCAGGCAGUUAAUACUGAGGAAGUUCCUGUAAUGGGGUGGCUCUGGGAUGUGAUGUUGAUUGGUAAGGUUGAAAAAUGGUAGUAUCACAAAGAGGUCAUAGCAAGUUACUGGUGUUAAAGUGGUUUUGCUUUCAAUCUGGAAAAAAAGACUAGAAUGUACUGUUUUCCCUCUGACUUCCUUCACAAGUUACCUUCUAAACAUUUGUUCUUACCCUCUUCUCCCUUAAAAUUGUUCUCUAUGCACUUCUUUAUGUGUUCAUUUAUUUCCCAAGCUUCAUAUAUUGCCUCAUGGGAGAUGAUUCCCAAAUAUAACUUAUUCCACUAAACCUAAUCCACAUAUCCAACAGAAAUCUCUACCUGAAUAUUCAAAACUGAAUGUUUCCAGCUGUGUAGCGUUGGUGGUAUAGUGGUGAGCAUAGCUGCCUUCCAAACUGAAUGUUUCCAGAAUACCUACUGAUUUUUGUUAUUUUAUUAAUGGCCACUGUUCUGUUAGUUGUAAUUUAAAAGUUUGUACCCCUUUCUUUAUCUUGUUAAUCAAUAAAAUCUGUAAUUCUAUUUUUGAAAUGUUCAUACUAUCCAAUCUUCACUUUAUCGUCACUCUUACUAGCAAAUUUAGACUUUUCUCAUCUUGAUAACUUUCCUUUGACGAUAGUGUUUUUGUCUUAAGUUGUAAGUCACAAAAAUUAAUUUUAAUUAGGUUGUAUUCUAGUACAACUUUAAGAAAUUAAAAAAUAAAAGUAUGCCUAUUCUCCAGA